AUGGAGGUCAAUCAGUCAAAACUGAAUGCUGCCAAGGUCAUAGAAGAGUCUAUGGCUGCUAAUGUGCAAGAAGAACUUAAGCAAAGUCGUGCUCAAAUUCAACAACAGCAGGAGCAAGAUCUCCUAGCAUUGGAGGAACUUAACAGGAAACAACAGCUCAAGGCUAAGAAACAAAAAGUGCUACAGGGGGGCCUCAAUGACAAAGACCUGCCUGUGGACCAAGAUGAAGAUAUGGAUCUUCCAAUCAUAGACAAUGAUAGGAACAUAACAGGCCAAGAUAUGGAUUGUCAAAUCACGCCUCCUUUUAUUCAGAACAACAAUAAUAAUGCUGUCAAUACACAUGAUGAUCAAGCACAUGAGAAUGACCGACACCCUAGUCCAUCACCUGACAGAGAAAUACCUCAAACUGCCGACGACUUUGAUCAAUUAGCUCAACUCGAUGAUCUCAAAACAACCUUGGCAUUUAUCAAGGCCAUGGAACAAGCCUCCCUUGGUGACCAGUACACCCGAAGGUCUUUUGACAAUGAAACACUAGCAUGGCUGCGAAAUGCACCAUCAGAAGUUCCCCUUUUGGAUGAUCCGUCACUGAGGAUAUCUAUUAAGAUGAUUUUAAGGCUAUCAAAUUUCUCAGACAAGGCUUAUGAUGAGUUUGGGAUGUUCUCACAGAGGAGAUCCCGAACUUACCAUUACUGUCUCAAUAUCAAGUCAAAUGGUGCAUUAGAAAAAUCACUGGCGUCAACUCCAUCAAGAAUGACAUGUGUAUAA